AUGGGUGCUGGAUGUUGUAAAGAGGAGGAAAUCGAUUUUGAUGCUGAGGUACAUGGUGAUGGUCGAGGGAUUACCCUCUACUUGGACACUCUCAGAGCAAUGUGGAUAGUGGUGGGGAAGCAACAUAACUUGCGAGAACUCGGAAGGGAAAGGGUUGUGCGAGAGCAAAAGACUUUUGUCGAGCGAAUAACUGGAAGGCUUGUUUAUGGGUGGGGCGACUAUUAA